AUGGGAGCUAAGUGGAAUAAUCUAUAUGGCCAGAGAACCUUUGUAAUGGUGUUCAGCAACCGCAGGCAUCUGGCACAUGACAAUGACACGUCAGUCCCUUUGCUGGACCUGGGGAAGAAGCUGAAGGUACCCCAAGACCUGAUGAUAGAGGAGCUGUCACUGCGUAACAACCGGGGAUCCCUCCUCUUUCAGAAGAGGCAACGCCGUGUGCAAAGGUUCACUUUUGAGUUUGAAGCCAGCCAGCCAGGGGUGAAUGGUGGCCGGAAGCGCCGAAGGCAAGGUGACCGGAGCGGCGUCUGGGGCGGCUACGCCGAGCCGCUCAAGUCCGUUCCGCCGGAGAAGUUCAACCACACCUCCAUUCCCAAGGGCUACCGCUGCCCCUGGCAGGAGCUUGUCAGCCACCGCGAGCUCGCGGACGCCGGCCGCAGCCACGCGCCCCGCCUUUGGGACCUCCGGAACUUCAACAAGACUCCUGUGCCAUUUGGAGGACCUCUGGUAGGGGAGACCAUUCCCAGGGCAGGCACCCCUUUUGUCCCAGAGCCCUUUAGUGGCUUGGAACUCCUCCGCCUCAGACCCAACUUCAACAGGGUGGCUCAGGGCUGGGUCCGCAAACUCCCAGAGUCUGAGGAGCUGUAG